AUGGCCGUAUGGACCGUUCAGUACGCGCGUAAUGGACACUGUAAACUUCAGAAGCGAAUUUGUUACCUGGGCUGCAGUCAAUUGGCCUGGCAGCGGCGAGACGAUGAUAUCCCAAGGCUUCGAAUGGGAGUCCGUAGAGGACGUUAUGGUCGAGUCAAGAGUGUCGGCUUCAUUCGGUUGACGUAUGCGAUUGAGAUGAUUGAUCAGAUCUAUAAGCGAAACGGGGCUGAUGUGCCGCUUGAAGUCGCUAUGAUCGACGGACUGGGUAUUUUCAACGGGAAGGUCCAGGAAGCCUUUUGGAGGUGACAGUGCCAAGGUUGCGAAUGAAAUUAUGACGAAGAAUUCCGGAUAGGAAUAAGGACACCGCUCGAUUUGAAAUUUGGGACUGUAUUGCGGACGCCGCCGCCGCCCGCAACAUUUACAUACAUCCAGGUUUCCAUGGUGGCAAGGCGCAAUGGUGUUGCGAAAAGACGGUCAUCGCCACCUGGGCUCAAUCGCACCCAAACGUCGUCCCAAUGUCUCUGAGUAAUGAACUGCGGAGAGCUAUCGACGAAGAUGAUCACACCUCUACCAUCGGGUACAAUUGGAUCUCGCUCGUUGGAAACUAUACCGUUGCUACGGAUGCCAUGCACUUCGCAAACCCCAACAUUCUGGUCACUGGGUCUGGCAUGCAGUCUGCCCAAGAUCUGUCUGUCCUGUAAGUUUCUCCAUUUCCCUUGGGGCUCAACUUUGCAAUCAUGCUAACAUAUUCGGCAGAACCUCUGGCCUCAAUCUCAACCCAGCGCCCCUCUAA